GUGUGAAGUAAGCAAUUUGUUCUUCUCAUUUCAUAUUAACAGCAAAAGUACAACUUUAUCUCCAACUUAUUUGAUUUCAUUAUUUGGCUUUCAAUUAACUAUAUGAGAAACAUAUAGAAAUUAGGCUGUGACCUAUAAGACAGAGAUUUCAGUAAUUUGAUCAAACAUUACAUAAUGUGAUACUCAGAUUUCCUUUCAAAGGCAGAACUCACAACAAGGAAGGUGGAAAAGCAACAAAAGGAACAAGACAGAAAGCAGGAAAGGGAAGAUGAAAGACCGACUUCAAGAACUAAAGCAAAGAACAAAGGAAAUUGAACUUUACAGAGACAGUCAUGUGUUAAGUUCGGAAACAGAGGAAAAAGGGGUGUUUGUGCAGCAAGCUGUUAUUUAUGAGAGAGAGCCUGUAGCUGAGAGACACCUACAUGAGAUCCAAAAACUACAGGAGAAUAUUAACAAUUUGGCAGAUGAUGUGCAAAGAUUUGGACAGCAACAGAAAAGUCUGAUGGCUUCAAUGAGAAGGUUUAGCCUCCUUAAGAGAGAGUCUAGCAUUACAAAGGAGAUAAAAGCCCAAGCAGAACACAUUAACAGAGGUUUGGGUGAUUUAGUUAAAGAAGUUAAAAAGUCAGAGGUUGAAAAUGGUCCAUCGUCAGUCAUCACAAGGAUACUUAAAUCUCAGUAUGCUGCAAUGUUCCGACAUUUUCAACAAACCAUGUUUAUAUACAAUGACACAAUAGCUGCAAAGCAAGAGAAGUGCAAGGCAUUUAUUUUUCGUCAACUUGAAGUUUCUGGUAAAGAGGUACCUGAAGAAGAAGUAAAUGAUAUGCUUCACCAAGGAAAAUGGGAAGUUUUUAAUGAAAGCUUACUCACAGAAAUCAAUAUCACUAAAGCACAACUCUCAGAGAUUGAACAAAGACAUAAGGAACUUGUUAAUUUGGAAAACCAAGUAAAGGAUUUACGGGAUCUUUUCAUUCAGAUAUCUCUUUUAGUAGAGGAACAAGGAGAGAGCAUCAAUAAUAUUGAAAUGAUAGUAAAUAGUACAAAAGAUUAUGUUAACAAUACUAAAGAGAAAUUUGGACUAGCAGUAAAAUACAAAAAAAGAAAUCCAUGCAGGAUACUGUGCUGUUGGUGCUGUCCAUGCCGUGGCUCAAAAUAAAGAAACUAUUUU